UGGAAAUUGGCAAAGAGAGAGGGAAAAGGUCCAAUUUGCGCCUUUGCUAUUUUAAGGGAGGUUGAAAUUACGAGCCAAAGUGGAGUGAUGCGCUCUCUGGAGUGACCUCCGUUCUCCAACACAGGAGAAAACCCAGGUCUUUUGCCUGUGAAGUGGCUGGGGCUCUUGGGCGCGAGGCAUUAUUAUAUAAAUUCAAGCUCGCUCCUGAUCCUUAGUACCCUGAGUUGCCUGAAGGGGGGAAUGGCACUGCCUGCAUUUGCAGCCCGGGCGCUCGGGCCGCCGCCGUUGCAACUGGAGCAAGGAGCGCCCGCCCGCACCACCUGUCCCCGCCGGCAUUCCAGAGUAGAGGCUGAAUUGGCAGCAAGCCGGCCCGGGUCAGUCGCCGCCUCAGUCCGCGCCAGCCCUCCUAGGGGUGUGUCUCUGGGAUUCAACUCCCCGCCACUCCAGGACAAGCCCCCAAAGGCAUUUUCUUCCUUGGCGGGAGCCUUGCGCGCCCCGCUCUUCGCGCUGCUGCCUCGAGGCCGCCGCAGGCGGAUGCACGACCUUAGGCGACGCUGGGACCUGGGCUCCCUCUGCCGGGCCCUGCUCACCCGGGGCCUGGCAGCCGUGGGCCACUCGCUCAAGCACGUGCUCAGUGCGAUCUUCUCCAAGAUUUUCGGUCCCUUGGCCAGCGUCGGGAACAUGGAUGAGAAAUCCAACAAGCUGCUGCUGGCUUUGGUGAUGCUCUUCCUAUUUGCCGUGAUCGUCCUCCAAUACGUGUGCCCCGGCACAGAAUGCCAGCUCCUCCGCCUGCAGGCGUUCAGCUCCCCGGUGCCCGAUCCGUACCGCUCGGAGGAUGAGAGCUCCGCCAGGUUUGUACCCCGCUACAAUUUCAGCCGCAGCGAUCUCCUGCGCAAGGUAGACUUCGAUAUCAACGGCGAUGACCUGAUCGUGUUCCUGCACAUCCAGAAGACUGGAGGCACCACUUUUGGCCGUCACCUGGUGCGCAACAUCCAGCUGGAGCAGCCAUGUGAGUGCCGCGUGGGGCAGAAGAAAUGCACUUGCCACCGGCCGGGUAAGAGGGAGACCUGGCUCUUCUCCAGGUUCUCCACCGGCUGGAGUUGCGGGCUGCAUGCCGACUGGACCGAGCUCACCAGCUGCGUGCCCGCAGUGGUGGACGGCAAGCGCGAUGCCAGGCUGAGACCUUCCAGGUGGAGGAUUUUUCAGAUUCUAGAUGCAACUAGUAAGGAUAGAUGGGGUUCUUCAAACUUCAACUCAGGUGCCAACUCUCCAUCAUCUACAAAGACCCGGAGCACAACUAAGAGUGGGAAGAACUUCCACUAUAUCACCAUCCUCCGAGACCCAGUUUCCCGGUACUUGAGCGAAUGGAGACAUGUCCAGAGAGGGGCGACAUGGAAAGCAUCCCUGCACGUCUGUGAUGGGAGGCCCCCAACCUCUGAAGAACUGCCCAGCUGCUACACCGGUGACGACUGGUCUGGCUGCCCUCUCAAAGAGUUCAUGGACUGCCCCUACAAUCUGGCCAAUAACCGCCAAGUGCGCAUGCUCUCUGACCUGACUCUAGUGGGCUGCUACAACCUCUCUGUCAUGCCAGAAAAGCAAAGAAACAAGGUCCUUCUGGAAAGUGCCAAGUCCAAUCUGAAGCACAUGGCAUUCUUUGGCCUCACCGAGUUUCAGCGCAAGACCCAGUACCUGUUUGAGAAGACCUUCAACAUGAACUUUAUUUCGCCGUUUACCCAAUACAAUACCACUAGGGCCUCUAGCGUAGAGAUCAAUGAGGAAAUCCAAAAGCGUAUUGAGGGAUUGAAUUUUCUGGAUAUGGAGUUGUACAGCUAUGCGAAAGACCUCUUUCUGCAAAGGUAUCAGUUCAUGAGGCAGAAGGAGCAUCAGGAUGCCAGGCGGAAGCGUCAGGAGCAACGCAAAUUUCUGAAGGGAAGGUUCCUUCAGACCCAUUUCCAGAGUCAGAGUCAGAGUCAGGGCCAGAACCAGAGUCCAGGUCAGAAUCUGAGUCAGAAUCCAAAUCCCAAUCCAAAUCAGAACCUGACUCAGAAUCUGAGUCAGAAUCUGACUCAGAGUUCCAAUCCCAAUUUGGUCCAGAAGGAGAACCGGGGAGGUCAGAAGCAGGGCUCAGGGCAGGAGCAAAGUGAUGGCAGCACCAGCAAUGGUACCAAUGACUACAUAGGCAGCGUAGAGACAUGGCGCUAACUGGCUCUGAAAGGUUUGUGCACACUGCUUCCCAAAGCACCACCAAAAAGAUGGCAUGUAUCUUACAAGAUGGAAAUGUCCAAACACAUCCUGCUUCCUUCAUUUUGGAAGUUCAAAAAAAGUGUAGAUGUUGCCUUUACAGUUGCCUUUUGAUUCAGUGUUACACUGUGUGUGGCUAAAACAGAUCUCAGUGUGUAAUUAAAUUGUCUUUUUUGGGAUGAACUAUUUCUGCAAUCCAAGAGCCAAACCAGACACACCAGAAAUUGCAGUUUAGAUAUUUUAAGAAGUUCUUAAAUUAGGUAUGGGGACACAAAGAAAACACGAAAUGUGGCCAUUUAAACUUAUGGCUAAGAAACAGAUUUUAAAUGAUUCCGGAUACUCUGUUAAAACCCAAUCUUGAAAGCAAUCCCCCACCUCCACCCCUCCCAACCCCCCGCCCGCCUGCCAGAGGGAAGCCUAAGUAAAACCAUGAACAGACUAAAAGACACUCAAAACCUUUCAUUUCCUUCUUGUUUUAACAAGGAGUCUAUUUAAACAGAAAAACAACUGAUGAUAAAUUUUGCCAAACUGUGGAAAGUAAACAAUUUCUCACUUAAAUGUAGGUGGGUUUAUGUAGAAAUAUGGCUUUUCAAAUAGAUCAGGAUUCAUGUCUUGUAAUUUAACAGAUGUUUAAAAUUUAAAAUUUUUCUACCUUCUGCUGAUUAAAAGGUUUUAAACAGGGUAUAUCUCAUAUUAACAAAGCAUUUUUUUUCCAAAUGGAAUACCAGUGGAAAGAUCCAGUUUCCAGAUGGUUUCAGGGCACUGUAAUUUCAACAAUUUCAAUCUUUUUGGCGCUGCUUCUCAUUCACUUUAAGGCUUUUCCGAGUUGUGCUCAUUCCAAAUGAAUCCAUGUAUAGAAUUUUUCUUCAUAAUCUAAAUGGUGUGUUGAUGAAUCUCUUGUGGUAUUUAAUCCUGGAUAAAAGUCAGGACUUUCUAUAGAAUUGUCUUGUCAGUGUCCAUGUAGUAAGGUCCUUAAGAAACUCUCAAACAAGAUAAUGUGUCUCUAAAUAUUGCUGAACUUACUAUUCUUGAUCUGAUUGAAUUGAACCUGAAUGUGAACUGUUCAUUGUUUUGUUUAUUGUAAUGUUUCCAGUUUGGCUGGCUAUUUCUGGCCCAUGGUUCUUCUUGUGUUGAAAGAUUUGUACACGAUAACAAGAGCAAAACAUUUUCUCAAAGACAAUGGUACUAAGCAUUAAGAUAGGCAGAGGUACUUAGUAACACCAAAAGCUGCCCCUUGAUACUUAGGGUUAACACUUUUACCAGUUUUUUGUUUAUGAAAGAUCAAAAGUGAAGAACGUUCUGCAGUGAAGCUAAGUUUCCUGGACAUACAAGUUGAGAAUAGUUUGGUAGUGUAAGUCUGUAUAAUUGUACAUUGAUGGUAUCAAUUGCAAAUUGAACAAAGGAAGAAUUAUGUACCCACUGUGUUGUUAAGCAUCAUACUGCUUGGCAGUUUCCACUUCAUGGUUGUUGCUACACUCCUAUAAGAACUUACAUUAAUCCCUUGGCUUUCCAUCAAACACAGUGACUAGAAGUGUCAUUUGUUUUCAAGAGGGAGAUGCUCAAAGGUAUGAUCAUAAAGUCAUAUCUAGCACAGUCUGCCCAAGUGCAUAACCUGAUUUCAUCUGUAAUAAUAUGGCCACAAGUUGGAAAGAAGUUGAGUAUCUGGGUCUAAGGGUAUUUUCUUGAUUCUGAGCUCUGUAACAAUAUUUACAGCUUUUGUUUUGUGGUAUUGCAGUGUGGAGAAUUAUGAUACCUUAAAAAAACUGGAAGGAAUUUUUAAAAGCACAUCUUAAAGUCAAAGUGUUUUAGAAUAAACCUAUUUGGUGGACAUUGUGUUCUUAACAUAUUCUGUAGAUCACUAUGGUAUUUCAGUUUCUUUAGUUUUAAUUGAAAAUGUUUGCUCUUAAAAGUGACAGUGUUGGAAAGCAGGACAAAGUCUGAGCCAGUGGAAAAGCUCAUUACAGAAAAAAAUAUGUGUUAUUGCUGUGGUGUGCAUGGUUUGCAGAGAUUAAGUGCAUUUUCUCUGUCUCUACUGAUUACUGUAUAUAGAGAAUGUUAUAAAUAUACAUUUUUGUCAUCAUCAUGUAAAUCCCACGAUUUCAAACUGUAAACAUCUGUUCAGUGGUGUAGCUUUACAAACCGUUCACUGAUUUUGUGUAAUUUAACAAUAGAUGUGAAAUAAAGUUUCAAUUGCAAGCUUU